AUGGUUGUUAUUGUUGUUCAUGAUGAUUCUGAUUUCAAAUUGAAACUGGAAAACGCCGGGAUCAAUUUAGUGGUGGUUGAAUUUACGGGUGCAUGGUGUAACCCUUGUCUAAAGAUGUCCCCAGUUUUUAAGCAAUUGAGUAACAAGUAUACUCGUGCUGUAUUUCUUAAAGUAAAUGUUGACCAAUGUCAGGAAACUGCUAUAAAUCAAGACAUUGUAGUAUUGCCAGCAUUUGGGUUCUAUCGUGAUGAAACCAGACUCACCUUAUUUACGGGUGCCAAUGCUGAGGCCUUAGAAGCCAAAAUAAAGGAGUUAAUUGGUGAUGAUGCUGUAUGA